UUUGGAAGCACGAAAUAAGGGAAAGUCAAACCUUGAUUUACCAACUUCACUCAAACCCCAAAAAUAGUGUUUGAUUCUCUUCUCACUCAAAUUCAAAUGUGGAAGUAGAUAUUCAUAUUUGUUUGCUGAUCGCUCAACACCAAAACAAUGAGCUCCGCAGCCGGGAAUUCUAGCUUUGCACCCUACCAAUUCCGCCACACCACCCCAUCUUCUUCCAAAUGUUGCUCGUUGAGAAUCGCCCCCUCUCGAGGAAAGAAUGCGAUGCCCACGGCUCAUCUACAGAGAGCCCAUUCCCAUUCCUGCUCCAGGAGAGUGGCCCUUGUCAUGGGUUUUGCCGUUAUCCGCCUUCUCAAAUUCAGGGCUCACGCAAUCGAUGCAGAAAGUAAUGAAUUGGCGGCAGCACAUCUGAAUCAAAAUGAAGAGCUAUCGGGGCAGGAACGUCCAUCAGGUCACCCCUUCUUCUCCAUUCUCAAUGUACUCGGUAUUCUGGGAUCUGGAAUUCUUGCUGCCCUUUUUGCAUCAAAGAGGAAGGAAAAGGCCAUUUCAGAUGCUACUAUAGAACACAUGAAAAAUAUGCUCAAGGAAAAAGAAGCUGCUAUUAUUUCUCUGGAGAAAAAGUUUAAGGCAGAACUAAUAAAUGAGAAAGAAUGUCUAAAUAAGGAACUUGGAAAAGUGAAAGCUGAGCAGCAGUCUUUAGUUAAUCAACUGGAAAUGGCAUCAUAUACCAUAACAAACCUUGGUCAAGAAUUGCAAAAGGAGCAAAACAUAGUCGAAGAGCUUACCAUCGAAGUUGAUAACCUAGAACACUGUGUUCAAAAUGCUGGGAGUGAGAAAACGCAACUCCAACAACAGCUAAAGGAGAAGCUGCAUUCUGUAGGAUUCUUGCAAGAAAGGAUCGACUUGCUUUUACUGGAUAUCAAGGAUAAAGAAGAUACUAUUUUGCAUCUUAGCUGUAGACUUGCUGACAAAGAUAGAGAGCUGGAUCAACUCAGCUCCAUAUAUCAGCAAUUGGAGGAUCAUCUACCUAGUUUGGAGUCCGAGAACAAGCAAUUGAAGGAUGUAAUUCAGAGAAAUCAAGAGGAGCUGGAACUGAAGUAUGAGAUCGUGCAGGAAUUGGAUGCAGAAUUAUCCCUUUUACUGGCUGAGAAAGAUGAAUCUGAAAAGAAGCUUGAUGCCAUUUUAAUGGAGCAUAACAACUUCAAGUCCUCCAUGGAAAAGAAGUCAACUUCGGAUGCAAAGCUUUUGGGAGAAAGAGAAGGAAAGAUUCAUCUGCUUGAAGAACAACUUACGAUCUUGUUGGAUGGCAAGAAGAAAGAUGAAGUAUUAAUAUCUGCUUUGACGCAGGAGAGGGACACUUUAAAAGAAAUGUUGAACAUAGAAUUAGGAAAUAUGAAGAUUCUGGAAGAGGAGCUUAGAAUCACACAUGCUACUUUGGAGGAAUCAAAAUAUGAAACUUCUGACCUUGCUAAACAAUUGCAAGAGUUGAGAAGAUUUUGUUUGGAGCUUGAAGAAGAGGUCUGUAAAGUCCAGGCCGAUUUUAGGGAAGCAAGAGAAUCAUUACACAUGAAACUAGAGGAAGCUAAACGUGGUGCAGAAAUCUUGUCCGAAGAACUAAGUUCUGCAAAUGAUCUUUUCAGUAAAUCAAGCGAAGAACUGCAAAUUAUGUCCGCAGAAUUAUCUGCCGCAUUGCAGAAAUGCAAUAGCUUGGAGGUGGAACUCACUGAUGCCCUUAGGAAAGCAGAAAGCACAACUGUUGAUCUGGAUAACGAAAGGAAAACUAUAUCUUCUCUGAAGAAAGAGUUGAUGGAUCUCGAGACCCAAAUUUCGAGAGAUAAACAAGCACGAAAAAGUCUUGAAUCAGAUUUAGAAGAGGCUACUAAGUUCCUCAAUGAUGUGAAUCGGCACGCAUUGAUGCUUUCCAGAGAGUUAGAGCUUGCACAUUCUCAGAUUUCUAGCCUGGAAGUUGAGAAAGAUAAGCUAUAUAAUUUCAUUGCUGUGCAGAAACAGGUUUCCGAAGAAUCUCGGGUGAACUUGGAAGAUGCCCACAACCUGGUCAUGAAACUCGGGAAAGAAAGGGAGAGUUUGACAAAGAGAGGAAAGAGACUAGAGGAAGAGCUGGCCUCUGCAAAGGGAGAGAUACUGAGGCUGAUGAGUCGAAUGAACUCUUCGAAACCGGCAGUUGAUGCCCAACAGGGGAGAAAAGCUGCAGCUUCAGGUAGAAGGAAUACCCAACGAAGGAGAAAGGAUAGAUCCCAGCAAAAAGAUUCAUAGUUGACAUUUAGAGUUUCCUGUUUAAGUAGAUUAUAAGCUUAUUUUAGAGAUCUUGUACCAUUUGACUCAGAAGUUCUGAAAUACGUAUGAUUCUACUUC